UUUUGAGACAUUAUGGACCACUAAUGGGCUGCUUUUUUCUUUUUUUUCUUUUUUCUUUCACUUAUUUAUGAAAUAAUAUUCUACGUUGAGACAAAAAUGAAAUUGAAGAAACCAGUGGCAUAUAUUCUCCUAAACUUCUUGUGGAUCAGAAGACUCUCUUCUACUGAUCAGUUCUCUUCUUCUAUUGUAUGCUCAGCAAUGGUUUCCGCCUCUACCCCCAAUUAAGCUUAAUAUCACCCAGAAAUGUUUAAUAACAGAAAGUAGCAGAAUAAAAAUUCAAGUACGAAAAUGGCUAUGCUGGGAGCAAGUCCAAUUAGGUUCUCAAGCUUUCCACCGUCUUCUUCAUAUCUCACUUCCACCUUCAAACCCACCUCCUCUUCCACACUAUCAUUAGUUGUGGUGGGGAAAUCAAUUAUCUAUCGUCGAUGUGUCGCCUGCUCCGCUGUUCAGGAAUCUUCUACUCCUACAGCCACUACCGAAACCAAGGGAACCACUCCACCAUCAGCCGGCGUUGCUGGUGGUGAGGAGGAAGUGAAGGCUGCCCCAAAAGCAGCUGCAGCAAAGCCUAAACCUGCUGCAAAGGCUCCUGCCAAAUCUUUGCCGGAGUUGAUGUCGGAGGAUGUCAUCCCUUCAUUGAAAACAAUACUUGAAGCUCAAGAUGAUAUAUCUGAAAUUGAACUCACUUUCCAAGACAACAAGUUGGAAGGUUCACUCCUGAAGGAGGGCUGUCCCUACUCUUUCUGGGCCUUCUUCCCUGAUGGAGGCCUAACAGGUCCCAAAGGUUUUUCAUUGUCUUCAUAUGGCUCAGGAGCAAGCACAGUGGAGCCUUUCCUCGUUGAUGAGAAGAAAAUUACUGCAAGGCAUGUAGUUUUCUGGGUCGAAAAGCGUUUGGCCGCCCAAGGAAUUAUUCCUGUCUGGAAAGAAUGAUUUAUAGUAUAACAAGAAAUGCUGCCAUGUAAUUAUUCAUGUCUGAAUAUAAUUGCUCUCAUACAAAUUUUUCCAAUUCAUAAUUGUUCUACAAUUUGAAAAAAUGAAUCUUUUUAGAUGCUUAAUUCAUGGCGAUGUUAGAAAAGCAAAUAACAAUUCCCAUCAUUAUGUCAAACCUCUAGAUUGAAUAAAAGAAGAGUAAAAAGGGCACUGCAGCUUUAAGUUUUGAAUUAACAAUACAACUCUGAUUCAGUUUAGCAGUCAUUCCUCCCUAAAAACACAGAUAUGAAUGAUCAGUCUUAAAAAGAACAACAGCUCAAAUUUACUAGAGAGAGAUUCGCAUUCAUCAAAAUCCAUACAGGUCCGGCAACAAAAUACCCCUCCCCUACUACUGUCUCAUAAAAGGAAAGAGAAUAAAAACACCACCUUAGAGUUCCAGAGUAAUAAUAUAACAUUGUAUAGCUGACAGAUUUCAUAACGUUUUCAUCUUAAAUUACAUGUCCAAGGACCAGGACAUAAACAAAUGCCUGGACCAUGCUUUACACUGAAUAACACGAUCGCCCAAAUAAGUAGCAUUUGAUUUGAGUAACUAAUGAACACAUACAACAGGUACUUUGAGUGCAAAGUUCAUGAAGUUCAUAAGUCCACAUCUGCCAUUAUCACACUAUGUCAUUAGUUAGUUGUUGGUAUUGGCAUUUCGAAUUGCACGACGAAGCUCAGCUAAGAAAUCCAUCUG